UUCUGCGCCUUUACGCCCUCUUUCCACGCCUUCUUCCUUGCUCUGUCAACGGUAGCUGCCAAGCUCCCUGCUCCGCUCUCUCUCGCGCGCACGGUGGGUGACAGGAACAGAGGGAUCCGGUUCAUGCGCAGGAGGCGGACCGCCUUCGGUGAUCGAUCGAGAAGAGGAUGAACCUGUGGGCAGAUGAUAAUGCCUCCAUGAUGGAGGCCUUCACCGAUCUCCAGGGCUUCCCGUGGGCGGCUACUCCUACUCCGUCCACCCCACCCCUUCCCACAGCCUUGGAUCCGGGGAGGGCCCUCAUCGGCCCUCCCACUCCCGCUCCGCCUCCGACGGCGUACUUCAACCAGGAGACGCUCCAGCAGCGGCUGCAGACCCUGAUCGAUGGGGCGGGGGAGAACUGGACGUACGGCAUAUUCUGGCAGUCGUCCGUGGACGCCGCCUCCGGGGCGUCUUUCCUUGGGUGGGGCGACGGCUAUUACAAGGGUUGCGAGGAGGACAAGCGGAAGCAGCGGGCCGCCAGCGCCGCCUCCGCUGCCGAGCAGGAGCACCGCAAGCGCGUUCUGCGGGAGCUCAACUCGCUCAUCUCCGGCGGCGGGUCCUCGGCUCAGGACGAGACCGUCGAGGAGGAGGUCACUGACACCGAGUGGUUCUUCCUCGUCUCCAUGACCCAGUCCUUCGUCAACGGCGACGGCCUGCCCGGCCAGGCUCUCUACGCCGGCGCCCCCUCCUGGGUUGCCGGCUGCGACCGUCUAGCUGCCGCGCCUUGCGAGCGCGCCCGCCAGGCCCAGCUGUUCGGUAUCCAGACCAUGGUCUGCUACCCCGUCGGGUCCGGCGUGCUCGAGCUCGGAUCCACCGACGUGAUCCUCCACAGCCCCGAGAUCAUGGGCAAGAUCAGCGUCCUCUUCAAUUUCGGCUCCCCGGAUUCGCCCUCCACUGCUGGCGCAUCCUUGAUCGCGCCGCAAUCUGCAGCUGCGACCCCCGCUGCAGACCAGGGAGAGACGGAUCCGUCGGUGCUCUGGCUAACAGAACCCUCCAUGGUCGAGAUCAAGGACUCCGUCUCCCCUGCCCCGGCCGCCGCCGACAUCUCCGUCACAAAACUCCCGAUCCUACUCGAAAGCAACCCUAGCUCCACUGUCCACAUCGAAAACCCUGCUUCUUCUAUGGAGAUCCAAAAAGCCCUCUACGGCCACCAGCAACAGAUCCAUCAUCCGCAGCAUCAGAGUAGCGGCAGUAAACCGCAGAGCCAACCUUUCUUCUCCAAAGAGUUAAAUUUCUCCGGGUUCGCCUCGAACGGCUCCGUGGCUUUGCACUCGGUCAAGCCGGAGUCGGGGGACAUCCUAAAUUUCGCCGGUGGCAAGAGGAAUUCCUCGCCGGUCCCUGUCACCGGCAGCGUCUUCUCCCACCACCAAGCCGCCGCUGUGGCAGACGACAAGAAGAACAGCAAAUCCACGGGGACGACAUCCAUGGUGAGCAACAACGAUGAGGGGAUGCUCUCCUUCUCGUCGGCUCCCACAAGGCCGCCCUCCAAUAGCCAACUGAAGUCUUCCUGUGGCGGCGGUGUCCUCGAUGGUGCCGAUUCGGAUCAGUCGGACCUGGAGGCGUCGGUGCGCGAGGUGGAGAGCAUCCGGGUGGUGGAACCGGAGAAGCGACCGAGGAAGCGGGGCCGUAAGCCUGCCAACGGUCGUGAGGAGCCUCUGAACCAUGUAGAAGCCGAGCGGCAGCGCCGUGAGAAGCUCAAUCAGAGGUUCUAUGCGCUGCGUGCGGUAGUCCCCAACGUGUCCAAGAUGGACAAAGCCUCCCUCCUGGGUGAUGCCGUCUCAUACAUCAACGAGCUCCGGUCAAAGCUUCAAGCUUCGGAAGCCGACAAGGAGGAGCUGCAGUCACAAAUGGAGAUCAUCAAGAAGGAGCGCGAAUCCGCCCCUGCCCGCCCAGCGCCGCCGCCUCGAUACGACGUCAAGAUGAUGAAGGGAUGCCAUGGGGUGGAAAUCGACGUGAAGUUACUGGGAUCGGAGGCCAUGAUCCGAUUGCAGAGUCAAAAACGGAAUCACCCAGCCGCAAGGCUGAUGGCUGCAUUGCAGGACCUCGAUCUCGAAGUGCAUUACGCAAGCGUGUCCGUGGUGAAGGACCUCAUGAUCCAGCAGGCAACGGUGCAGAUGUCGAGCAGGGUGUACACGCAGGAGCAGCUCAAUGCCGCCCUUUACUCUAGACUGGUUGCCGAGACACCACCAUUCAGCAGAUAAGUCUGCUGAGAGCGAGGACAGUUUUGGCGAGGAUUGCUGGCUCAGCCUGCGUUUACUUGUGGCCGGCCGGAGUUCGUAGUUUAUGUGCCGAAUUCUGUGUCAUGUCUACUGAUAUAUAAACGGAACUGUGGAAGUUGUCAUGUCUACUCCUUAGGGUUGCAGUGAGUUUCUCAAAAGUGAGACGGAGCUGCGGCCAGGAAGGUCGGUAUUUGUACGCAAGGAAGGUGGUGCUAUGUCUCUGUUGAUGUAUAUAUACCUAUGUUGCAUGUCUACUGCUGCAGCUUUUCUCGGAUCAGAGAUGGCCUUCUGGAUCUUGUUUCAUGUGAAACGUGGCUUGCUUCAUUUUA